CCAGAAGUAGUUUUGCUUCGUUUUGGCUGUUCAGAAUCUCAGAUCUCUCCACCAAAAAUGGUACCGCCAGUCUAUAGCAGAUGCUCCGAUCUUUCCAUCGAACCCUAAUAUCUUUCCUCUCCUCCACUCGUCCUUCUCUCAUUCCAUAAGCAAAAGAGCAGAUCGAAGAUGUAUAUGGCGUACGGAUGGCCUCAGGUCAUCCCUCUCCAGCCCGGUACUGGCCCUGCUUCGGAGCAGAUCAUCUAUCUGAAGGUCAUUAAUCGCUUGUUACUUGUCGUUUCUCCUACUCACUUUGAGCUCUGGAGCUCUUCUCAGCACAAGGUGAGGUUAGGGAAGCACAAGAGGGAUUCCGACUCAGUGCAGCGGGAGGGGGAGAAUUUGCAGGCUGUGUGGAGUCCUGAUGCGAAAUUGAUUGCCGUAAUUACAUCUUCUUAUUUUCUUCACAUUUUCAAAGUAAACUUCACAGAGAAAAGAAUACAAAUUGGAGGCAAGCAGCCAUCCGGUUUGUUCCUUGCAACUAUUUCGCUGCUUCUCAGUGAGCAGGUGCCUUUUGCAAAUAAAGACUUUUCAUUAAGCAACAUUGUAAGUGAUAACAAACAUAUGCUACUUGGACUCUCGGAUGGAUCUUUGUAUGCCAUAUCUUGGAAGGGAGAGUUCUGUGGGGCUUUUGAACUUGAUGUCCAUGCUCAUGACGACAAUGAAGUUAUGGAAUCUCGACAUUCACUGGAAAAUGGCUUUUCUUCUGGAGGGGUUCCAGGAGAUUCUAGACCAAGUCAUAAUUGUUCCCAAAGGUCUCCUGUUAUUCAGCUAGAGCUUGCGUUGCAGUUGAGGUUACUGAUUGUGUUAUACUCUGAUGGACAAUUGUUUUUAUGUUCUGUGAGUAAGAAAGGUUUAAGGCUACCAGAAUCUAUUAAGGCUGAAAAAAGAUUGGGUUCUGGUGAUGCUGUGUGCGCUUCUGUAGCUUCAGAGCAACAAAUCCUUGCUGUUGGCACCCAAAGAGGUGUUGUUGAGUUAUAUGACCUUGAAGAAUCUGCUUCACUUAUCCGCUCUGUAUCUUUGUAUGAUUGGGGAUAUUCAGUUGAUGAUACUGGUCCUGUCAGUUGUAUUGCGUGGACACCUGAUAAUGCUGCUUUUGCUGUUGGGUGGAGGUUAAGAGGACUUACAGUCUGGUCUGUUUCUGGGUGUCGUCUGAUGUCUACUAUUCGUCAAAUUGGUUUAUCUGUAUCUUCCCCAGUUGUUAAGACACAUAAUGAUUGUAAAUACGAGCCUUUGAUGGGUGGCACCUCAUUGAUGCAGUGGGAUGAAUAUGGAUAUAAACUUUAUGCCAUUGAGGAAGGAUCUGCAGAGAGAAUUCUUGCAUUUUCGUUUGGAAAAUGUUGCCUUAACAGAGGAAUUUCAGGCUCAACAUAUGUUCGUCAAGUGAUUUAUGGUGAAGAUCGGUUGCUUGUUGUGCAAUCUGAAGAUACUGAUGAACUUAAGAUUUUGCAUCUUAAUCUUCCAGUUUCUUAUAUCUCCCAGAAUUGGCCAGUCCUACAUGUGGCAGCCAGCCAGGAUGGUAUGUACUUAGCCGUUGCUGGUCUCCAUGGUUUAAUAUUAUAUGACAUACGUUUGAAGAAGUGGCGUGUGUUUGGAGAUAUUACCCAAGAACAGAAGAUUCAGUGUGAAGGCUUGUUAUGGCUGGGAAAAAUUGUUGUCGUGUGCAACUAUGCUGGAUCUUCUAACACGUAUGAAUUAUUAUUUUAUCCAAGAUAUCAUCUUGACCAGAGCUCACUACUUUGCCAGAAACAAUUGCUUGCUAAGCCAAUGGUGAUGGACAUUUAUCAAGAUUAUAUACUUGUCACUUACCGACCAUUUGAUGUCCAUAUAUACCACGCGACAUUAUCUGGUGAUUUAACGCCUUCUAGUACUCCAGAUUUGCAGCUUUCUACAGUACGAGAGCUCUCCAUCAUGACUGCAAAAAGCCAUCCUGCAGCAAUGCGGUUUAUCCCUGAUCAGAUUCCAAGACAGCACGUAUCAAAGAAUCAUACCUCAUCUUCAUUGGGCUUGUUGCCCAGGGAGCCAUCUAGGUGUUUGGUACUAAGAACAAAUGGGGAGCUUUCACUACUUGAUUUGGAUGAUGGACAUGAACGAGAGCUCACUGACUCUGUUGAAUUGUUUUGGGUUACCUGUGGCCAAUCAAGGGAAAAAACAAAUCUUAUUGAGGAAGUUUCAUGGUUAGAUUAUGGCCACCGAGGAAUGCAGGUUUGGUAUCCAUCUCCAGGUGCUGACCCUUUUAAGCAAGAGGACUUCUUGCAGUUGGAUCCUGAGCUGGAAUUUGAUCGUGAGGUAUACCCACUGGGUCUUCUUCCAAAUGCUGGGGUGGUUGUCGGUGUUUCCCAGAGAAUGUCAUUUUCAACAUGCACGGAGUUCCAAUGUUUUGAGCCAUCUCCACAAGCACAAACAAUAUUGCAUUGCUUACUUCGACACCUUCUUCAGAGGGACAAGAAUGAGGAAGCAUUGAAGUUGGCAAAGUUAUCAGCUGAAAAGCCCCACUUUUCUCAUUGUAUGGAGUGGCUUCUUUUUACUGUAUUUGAUGCUGAAAUUUCCAGGCAAAAUGCAAACAAAAAUCAGGUCUCAGAACCUAAACCUGCUACCAGCUCCUCUCUUUUGGUGAAGACAUGUGAUUUGAUCAGAAAUUUUGCAGAGUAUCAUGAUGUGGUUGUAAGUGUUGCAAGAAAAACUGAUGGUCGUCACUGGGCUGAUUUGUUUUCUGCUGCUGGAAGAUCAACAGAGUUGUUUGAGGAAUGCUUCCAACGGAGAUGGUACCGUACUGCCGCUUGCUAUAUACUUGUAAUUGCGAAACUUGAAGGCCCAGCUGUCAGCCAGUACUGCGCUUUGCGUUUAUUACAGGCUACACUAGAUGAAUCUUUAUAUGAACUUGCUGGGGAGCUGGUGAGGUUUUUGCUGCGAUCUGGUAGGGAAUAUGAACAGGCAUCAACAGAUUCAGACAAACUCUCUCCCAGAUUUUUAGGUUAUUUUCUUUUUCGUUCUAGUACCAGGAAGCAGUCCUUGGACUUAAAAAGCACCUCAUUCAAAGAGCAGAGUGCUCAUGUUGCUUCUGUGAAGAACAUUCUGGAAAGCCAUGCUAGCUUUUUAAUGGCUGGGAAAGAGCUUUCCAAGCUUGUUGCAUUUGUUAAAGGCACUCAGUUUGAUUUAGUGGAAUAUCUUCAACGAGAACGGCAUGGAUCUGCUCGCUUGGAUAAUUUUGCAUCAGGGCUUGAACUAAUUGGGCAAAAGCUUCAAAUGGGUACAUUGCAGAGUCGGUUGGAUGCAGAAUUUCUUUUGGCUCAAAUGUGCUCUGUCAAGUUUAAAGAGUGGAUAGUUGUCCUGGCCACACUUUUAAGGCGAUCUGAGGUUCUUUUUGAUCUCUUUCGGCAUGACAUGCGGUUAUGGAAAGCAUAUAGCAUCACACUACAGUCACAACCGGCAUUUGCUGAAUACCAUGAUCUGCUUGAAACCUUGGAGGAGAAACUUUCAUUGCUUGCAAUGUCAGAAGAGAAAUGAGCAGAUUUUUGGAUUUCUGAGCAAGGUUCUGCCAUUUUCGUUGGCAACGGAUUGGUGCCAAGUCGUUUUUGAUAUUAUUCUUUUAAACGUCUCAUGGGCAGAGUGACUUAACUCCAGUCAAUUCAUGGACGAAUUCAUAAGUGAGGUCCAGAAAAAUCAGGUCUUGGCUUGUUAUUUGAUGGGCUGCUGUGAUUCAUUAUAUAUCUGUUGGUUUCGGAUUCAAAGAAUCUCCCCCUCCCUUUUUAUGGGUGUUGUAGAUAAAUCAGUUGUAGAUUUUCAUAGUCCUAGACUAGUAACAUACAAAUUUUUUUUUUUUUAUUCUUCUUUCAUUUUGUAUAAUAUUUUCUUAUGGUAGAAGAAAUGAAUUUGCUGGAAA